CUGGAGGAGAAGGCGGCGGCGGAGAGACAGGAGGAGGGAGGAGGAGAGGGGGUUGGAGGACGCGGCCACCUGCCCAGGUAGGAGCCACUCCGCCUCGCCGCACCCUAGCACAGGGCCUCGGCCACCCCCAGGCGACAGACCUUGGCUAAACUAGGCUGGACCGCAGUUUCGCUCCAGUGACUGCGGCUGAGCGCGGACCCGCCGGGCUCCGGUGCGCGGGACCAGGACUCCCGCCUGCAAACGCGCGCGCCCGGGCGCAGGGAGUGGGGCCGAGCCGGGAGCUCCGCCUCUCGGCAGCUGGAGGAUCGGAGAACCGGGAGACUUCUACGGUGCGCGCCCCCGAAGCGAAGCAACGUCCCCAAGCAUUUGAGAUCCGGGACUGUCGUCGUGCGCGCCCGUGAGUCGCUGCAGAGUCCCAGCGCCUCUGAAAUGCGGUACUUCUCCACACACUUCCCAGAACUCUGAAGGGGUGCAGACAUGGCGGGCAGUGCUGCGGACAGCGCCAACCACCUGACCUACUUUUUUGGCAACAUCACCCGGGAAGAGGCCGAAGACUACCUGGUCCAGGGAGGCAUGACCGAUGGGCUCUACCUGCUACGCCAGAGCCGCAAUUACCUGGGUGGUUUUGCUUUGUCGGUGGCUCACAACAGGAAGGCACACCACUACACCAUCGAGAGGGAACUUAAUGGCACCUACGCCAUCUCCGGGGGCAGGGCCCAUGCCAGCCCGGCAGACCUCUGCCAUUACCACUCCCAGGAACCUGAUGGCCUUAUCUGCCUCCUUAAGAAGCCCUUCAACCGGCCCCCGGGAGUACAGCCCAAGACCGGACCCUUUGAGGACCUGAAGGAGAACCUCAUCAGGGAAUAUGUGAAACAGACCUGGAACCUUCAGGGCCAGGCUCUGGAGCAAGCCAUCAUCAGCCAGAAGCCCCAGCUGGAGAAGCUGAUCGCCACCACGGCCCAUGAGAAGAUGCCCUGGUUCCAUGGCAACAUCUCCAGAGAUGAAUCAGAGCAGACGGUCCUCAUAGGGUCAAAGACAAAUGGAAAAUUCCUGAUCAGGGCCAGAGACAACAGCGGCUCCUAUGCCCUGUGCCUGCUGCACGAAGGGAAAGUAUUGCACUACCGUAUUGACAGGGACAAGACCGGGAAGCUCUCCAUUCCUGAGGGGAAGAAGUUUGACACCCUCUGGCAGCUAGUGGAACAUUACUCUUACAAGCCAGAUGGGCUACUAAGAGUCCUCACGGUACCAUGUCAAAAGAUUGGUGCACAGAUGGGUCACCCAGGAAGUCCAAAUGCCCAUCCUGUGACUUGGUCGCCGGGUGGAAUAAUCUCAAGAAUCAAAUCCUACUCCUUUCCAAAGCCUGGCCACAAAAAGCCUGCCCCACCCCAAGGGAGCCGUCCAGAGAGCACUGUGUCCUUCAACCCCUACGAGCCAACGGGAGGGCCCUGGGGCCCAGACAGAGGCCUUCAGAGAGAAGCCCUGCCCAUGGACACAGAGGUGUACGAGAGCCCUUAUGCUGACCCUGAAGAGAUCCGGCCCAAAGAGGUCUACCUGGACAGGAACCUGCUAACCCUGGAGGACAAUGAACUGGGCUCCGGUAACUUCGGGACUGUGAAAAAGGGAUACUACCAAAUGAAGAAAGUUGUGAAAACCGUGGCUGUGAAAAUCCUGAAGAACGAGGCCAACGACCCAGCUUUGAAGGAUGAGCUGCUGGCAGAGGCGAACGUCAUGCAGCAGCUGGACAACCCCUACAUUGUGCGCAUGAUCGGAAUCUGCGAGGCGGAGUCAUGGAUGCUGGUGAUGGAGAUGGCGGAGCUGGGGCCGCUCAACAAGUACCUGCAGCAGAACAGGCACAUUAAGGAUAAGAACAUCAUAGAGCUGGUUCACCAGGUUUCCAUGGGGAUGAAGUAUUUGGAAGAGUGCAACUUUGUGCACAGAGAUCUGGCUGCGCGGAACGUGCUUCUGGUCACGCAGCACUAUGCCAAGAUCAGCGAUUUCGGUCUUUCCAAAGCCCUGCGUGCUGAUGAAAACUACUACAAGGCCCAGACCCACGGGAAGUGGCCCGUGAAGUGGUAUGCCCCCGAAUGCAUCAACUACUACAAGUUCUCCAGUAAGAGUGACGUCUGGAGCUUCGGAGUCCUGAUGUGGGAAGCGUUCUCCUAUGGGCAGAAGCCAUACAGAGGGAUGAAAGGGAGCGAAGUGACUGCCAUGCUGGAGAAAGGAGAGCGGAUGGGGUGCCCUGCAGGAUGCCCGAGAGAGAUGUACGACCUGAUGAACCUGUGCUGGACUUACGAUGUGGAGAACAGGCCAGGAUUCACAGCUGUGGAACUGCGGCUUCGCAAUUACUACUACGACGUGGUUAACUAACAGCUCCGGUGCCUGUCCGUGCGCACCACGGGUUCCCAAGCGAUCAUAGGAAAUUCAUUCAGAUGAACUGGCUCUCAGAGUUUCAUUUCCCUUUGCCCGGAGUGAGAGCUAAGCAAGCACAGGACUCACCCUCACAACAGGCCUGCUGCCCAGAGACAGACAAGCAGCAAGACCUUGGGGCCUGUGGAGUCGUCUCUCUGGUCUUUGUUUCCAUCUGUGUGGUCUUCGCUAUGGGUCACGUUUGGGAGCCAUUUCCAAAUUCUCUUGACAUCAUUCCGUUCCUCUGGGUCCAGGAUUUCAGUGUCCCCUGAAGAUCAGAAAAGAAAAGUGCUUUGCCACUCCAGCAAAGGACAUAAGGAGAAACCUCACUGGUGCAGUAGGCAAGCUGGAAGGUGGUUAAGGGCAAUGACAAGCCUGGACACUGGUUUUACUCUCAGCGCUGAGACAGAGAUACUACGUGGAUGACAUGCUGAGAUGUGCUGGCUUGGCUUACACGCCCCUGGAGUCCACCUCCCUGCAGCGUGACUCAGAGUCUGCCAUCGUGUGUUUGCAGGGGGAGGUGUGAAUAACAUUCUGUGUGGAGGCUGCUGGGGGGCGGGGGGAGGUGAGCUCCCAUGAUCCUCUGCAACUGAGCAUAAGUAUGUCAAGCAUGGGUCAGACUCCCCUCUCUGCAGAGGGAAUGCAUCCAGGACUCCUUGUUGCUGCCACUAAAAAAUUGCCAACCAGCAAUUUAAGGGAGGAAAGGCUUAUUUGAGCUCACAGUUGGAGGGGAUAGGCCAUCAUGGUGGAAAAGACAACAGUCAGGAAAGGCUUGGUGGCAUGAAAAGGAAGCUGGAAGGUCACAUGGCAUCCACACUCAGGAAACAAAGAAUGAACAGGAAGUGAGACCAGGCUAUAAGGCCCCAAAGGCCACCUCCGGUGACCCAGUUCCUUCAGACCCAUCUACCAAAGAUUCCACAGGCCUCUCAGACACUGAAUGCCAACAGCUGGGGACCAAAUGUUCAAGUACACAUGGUGCAGUGCCAGGCAGGGGCCUUCCUGAAUGAUUACACAGCGUGGUAUCCUGACAGAGCGGGUGAGCCAUCUCAGGUCUGUCCCCUUAUGAGCCCCGUUUACCAUCCCAGACCCCCCCUUGGGACCCCGCCUCAUCUGGAUCAUCCCCCCCACCACCAAGGCCCUAUCUCCAAACACCUAGGUACUAAGUGAACCUAGGUACUAAGUCUUUAACACAUGAAUCCUGGGGGGACACAUGCCUACUGGAGCCGAUGGCAGCGUGGUGACCAAGACCAUCUCAGGAUGAGUUUCUGAAUGGAAUCUUCAUUCGCCAUAAAACCAGAGAUGUGACCUUCCCCACAAGGAAGCCUUGCUAACUGUGACCUUGAGCUGAGGACACAUGAGCUGAGAAUUCCCCCUCUGUCCUCCUAGCCUUGGCUAACUACUGACCAUACACCAAGUGUCACCCAUUCACGGCACUUUUGCUGAGGACCUAAAAGCUACAAAGGCUGCAUAGCCUUCCAUCUAGGUCUAGGGACAUGUACAGAUGGGAGCAUCUCACCUUCGCCUCUGAGACACUGGGACAUUCACAGCCAGGGAUGGUACAGGAGUCCCUGCUGGUGGUGGGCUCAAUGAACAGAGACGAUGGUGAAAUGGGUGCCUCUCUUUAGACCGGUGGUUUGCAACCUUCCUAAUGCUGAGACCUUUUAAUACAGGUCCUCGAGUUGUGGCGACUCCCAACCAUGAAGUUAUUUUGUUGCUACAUCGUCACUGUAAUUUUGCUACUAUGAUGAAUUGUAGUGUAGAUAUCUGAUAUUCAAGAUAUUGGAUAUGUAAAUAUCUGGUACGCAGGAUAUGUGAAAUGAGGGCACAUCCCACAGGUUGGGAACCACUGCCUUUGAUAGGGAGGCACUAUGCUUAGAGCAUGGUUAGGAAGUAUUUAGAAGCUAUCGGUGUGUCUUGGAAUUGUGUUAGUAGAUCAACCGUCCUGUGAAGGGAAGGAAGGGGACAGAGGAAAUCCCUGUAUGUUGAAUUCAUUGAGAAGACCUGCAGAACACAGCCUUGGUGAGGAAGUCCCGUGGGUCAGGCCACCUGUAGAUUUAGUCAGGAGAGGAAGGGCCACUGUAUAGUUAUGGAGACAGGACUGUCUGCUCUGAGCAAAAAGUUCUCUGCUGAGCUCCUAGCCUACCUUCCCCUGUCCCCAGGGCUAUAGAAAGGCCACCUCGAAGACCAGGGAGCAUGUGUGAGAAGUCUGUGGAGGCCUCUGCCUUCUUCCUGGCCUCUCUAGCAGUGCCUCUCCUUCCCAGGGAUUUGGGACUGACCGUUAUCUGGAUAUGACUGAGCAGAAUGGAGGAAUGGGCUUUGUCUCCCUUCAGAAAGUCAAAACUGGUUCCCAUGUGCAGAGUCACAUGUGGCCAUUGACCAGGGCUCUCAUCUAGUAAAAACUGUGUCUUGCUAUCAAGAUUAAUUCUCUCCUCUGGGGCCACUGAGGAGGGCAGAUGGCAAGAGGAUCCUCCCUAGAGGAUUUAGACUAUGAAUGCCCACUAAAUUUGCAAGGUCAGAAACUAGCCAAGGUCCUUCUCAAGCAUCUAUCCUUAACUAGGUCUCUCUACAAGCUGCCUCUGAUGCUCCGAGCCCCUUCUGCCUGGCAGCUGGGCUCCCUGUGUGCUUUUACCUAUGACCCUUGGUCAGCAGAGUACAAGGAGCACCCAAGCUGCCUCGCCACCUCCCACUGACUGCAAACACCACAUACCUCAUGCGGAACCGAAUAUCUCUCCAGUAAACACCCCAGCCAGCCAUUCAUAAAAACCUGUCUCUGUGUGUGCUGGGACAUGUCCUCCCUGUACCCCAGGUCUGCUUUGUGUGCCAGACAGUGACUCCACAGGGAUGCCAGGUCUGUGAUUGCAUUGCUCCCUGCAGAGGGAAGCCCUCGGUUGUCCUUCUCUAAGAAUGCUGCCACCCAGAGCAGCACACAGUGAUUCCCUGUUAUUUCAGAAAUUAUUUUAAAUAAAGAUCUACUAUUAGUCUUGUG